AUGGCUCCGUCAGCGACCACAACCCUAACCACGGCUCCGGCCUCGUCGGCCAUCACCGCACAGCCUCUCAAGGCCGGCGCCCCAAAGCCAUCAACCAGCGGCGUCCUAAACUGGAACGUCAGCAACGGCGCCGCCCCAUCAGCCCUCCACGUGAUCCCCACCUUCACAGACAAGCACGCCGAGCGCGCCUGGGCCAAGCAGCACAUGGCCGCCGCGUUCCGCACCUUCGCGAGGCUCGACUACGCCGACGGCGCGUCGGGCCACGUCAGCCUGCGCGACCCGGUUGACCCGGAGCUGUUCUGGAUCAAUCCGUAUGCGAAGCACUUUGCUACGAUCAAGGCCAGUGACUUGGUCCUGGUCGACCACGAGGGCAUUCCGCAGGAGCCGACCAAGUACAAGGUCAAUGCGGCGGGGUUUAUCAUCCACUCUUCGAUUCACCGUGCCCGGCCGGAUAUCAAUGCCGUCUGCCACAUGCAUUCCCGCUAUGGCAAGGCUUGGUCUACCUUUGGGCGUGGAAUCGAGAUGCUCAAUCAAGACUCGUGCAUGUUCUAUCGCGGACUCGGAGUAUAUGAAGGCUUCGGUGGGAUCGUCUUUGCCCAAGAAGAGGGACAGCGUAUCGCCGAGGCGUUGGGCGACACCAACCUCAACCUGAUCCUGCAAAACCACGGCAUCCUCACAGCCGGCAGCACCGUCGACGAGGCCGCAGCCCAUUUCAUCGCCCUGGAGCGGGCGUGUGAGGUGCAGAUUCUCGCCGAGGCUGCAGCCGCCAACGGGAUUCCCAAGAAGUACGUUGGUGAGGAGGAGGCCGAGUACACGUACAAGUGCUCUGGGACGCCUGCAUGCAUGUUUAUGCAGUUUGCCCCGGAGUAUGAUUUGAGCGUCGAGUUGUCGGGCGGGAAGUUGUUGGAAUGA